AUGACUACGCUGGGCAGCUGGACGUUUACGCCGUUCCCGGCCUUUCCCGCCACCCUGUUCGCAAACACAGCAUUCUGGAACGCCAGCAGCGUGUCUUGGCUGUUUGAGUGGGAGUCGCGUGAAGUGUCAAACAAGUCGGCGCUGACCAUGUACGUCCUCGAGGGCAACGCCAUGGGCAUGACGGCGGCCGAGGGCUUCAAGCGGCGCCAGCCCGUCGCGUUUGGCCAGCCCGACGCGUUUGGCCAGCCCGACAGCGUCAUAGUCAGCAUCGGUUACCCGCUCACCGACUCCGUCUACAGCUUCGCCCACCGCUGCAUCGAUUACCGCUGCAUCGACUACAAGCCGCCGCUGCCCAGCCCUGAAAACCCCCAGGGCACGCCGCCGGGCGCCGACGCUCUUAUCGAGUUCGUUGACGGCGCGCUGCGCCCUUUUGUGCGCAACACUAUCUUUCCAAAUGUGGCGUUCACCCGCCAUGCUAUUUUCGGCCACUCGUUUGGUGGCCUCUUCGUCGUGUAUGCUCUCAUCUCCCACCCUGUCAUGUUUGACACGUACCUGGCCGCCAGUCCCGCUCUAGAGGUGCAGAACUCGUCGAUACUGGACUGGGUGAGCGCGCAUUUUGGGACGAGUGCUAUUCCGGAUAUUAGCUCGCCGUCUCUGUUCAUCAGCUACGGGAGUAUCGAGGAGUUUCCCGUGCGUCGCCUCACCGAGACGCAGGCCGCUUUCCAGACGAGAAAGGACUGUUUUCGGCCUCUGGCCAUGACGGAGCACUGUCACCUGUACGACCGCGUCAAAGCGAGCGGGAGGACAAGGGAUGUGGUGUUGAAAGAGUACGCGGGCCAAGACCACGCCGGCGUCGCUGCGAGUGCCGUCACAGACGGGAUCGAUUACUUUGUUGACUGGUAG